AUGGCCCAUUUCGUUGUAUUCACGUUGGAAUCGUGGCUCUUUGUGAAGAUGUUUGCACAUAGAAAGGUAAGAUUACCUAUCGGUUAUAAUAAUCUACAGCUGUGGGGUUAUUAUUAUAAUCCCUUAGCUCAACCGAUGGAUAUUGAGCUAGGGAACAAUGUAGGUUCAAUUGGCGAAACAAGUGAUAUAAUUCAAGUAGACAAAUAUAUUUUGGGAGUCGUUGUAUGUACUUUACUGGUGGCCAUUGGUAGUGAGUUCAUGCAAAGUAUAUUGACUCGUGGUGCUCGGACCUUUGAUCUAUUAGAUAUAUUGUGCAAUGCUUCAGGUAGUGGUCUUGGAAUAUAUAUAGCGUAUAUAACGGAAACUUAA